AUGGAGAGAGGAGGAGGAGGAGGAGGGGGGGAGAAGGAGGGAGAAGGAGGGAGAAGGAGGGAGAAGGAGGGAGAAGGAGGGAGAAGGAGGGAGAAGGAGGGAGAAGGAGGGAGAAGGAGGGAGAAGGAGGGAGAAGGAGGGAGAAGGAGGGAGAAGGAGAAGGAGAAGGAGAAGGAGAAGGAGAAGGAGAAGGAGAAGGAGAAGGAGAAGGAGAAAGGGGAGGAUAAUUAUUAA